UGCUCUAGUAUGUAUUCAGUACUCGGCCCCUCUUUACGUGUGUGCGAACGUGACCUGCCCUGAACGUCUCUGAUGAGCACCGCGCCUGCUUCUCUGCCUUGUCCGUGGUCGCUGAAAUUUCACGCGUCUAACUGGAACCCUUGUUUCAUUCUCUUGUCCUAACCGAUUGCUCUGUCAGCCAUACCCAUUUCACCGUCCAUCUGAUUGCUUCAUCCAGAAGUGUAGGAGACAAUUAACUGAAAGGAACUUGCCCCACUACUGCAACUAAACCAGAUGCCUUCUUUCACUUCACCAGACCAAGGAGAUGACCUGGACGCCUGUGUUUUAAGAUUUUCAGACCUUGAUUUAAAAGACACAAGGCUUAUCAAUCCCAGUAGUAGUCUCAAAGCAGAGUUAGAUGUCUGUACGAAGAAGAAAUACUCGUUUGCCAAAAAAAAGGCAUUUGCCCUUUUCGUCAAAACCAAAGAAAUUCCAGCACCUUCUUUUGAAUGUAAAGAAAAGUGGUGGAAAUGCUGUCAACAGCUCUUCAGAGACCAGAUCAGCAUCCACAGACAUGCGGCAACACAACAUGCUGAUGAGAUUUGCCACCAGACUGCUUCUGUGUUAAAGCAGCUGGCUGUGACAUUGAACACCUCAAAGAACCUUAAGUCUGAGGUCAAUAGGAACCCUCUAAAAGAGUACUUUAUCUAUAAUCAUGAAGUGUCUGCUUGGCUCCCUGAUUUAAGCUGCUUUAGCCCUGAUGAGUUGAUAAGUGGCCAGGGCAGUGAUGCAGGAGAGGUGCUACUUUAUUACUGCUACCGUGACCUGGAGGAUCCGCACUGGGUCUGUGCCUGGCAGACGGCUCUGUGUCAGCACCUGUACCUCACAGGCAAGGUUCGAAUUGCUACAGAAGGAAUCAAUGGGACAGUUGGUGGAAGCAAACUGGCCACCAGACUCUAUGUGGAAGUCAUGCUUUCCUGCCCAUUGUUUAAGGAUUAUAUGUGUAAGGAUGAUUUUAAGACCAGCAAAGGAGGGGCUUGCUGUUUUCCAGAAUUGCGUGUUGGUGUGUUUGAAGAAAUUGUGCCCAUGGGGAUCAGUCCCAAUAAGAUCUCCUACAAGAAGCCUGGAAUCCAUUUAUCCCCAGGUGAAUUUCAUAAAGAAGUAGAAAAAUUUUUGUCUCAGGCAAAUGAAGAACAAAGUGAUACUAUCCUACUGGACUGCAGAAACUUCUAUGAAAGCAAAAUAGGACGAUUCCAGGGCUGUUUAGCUCCAGACAUCAGGAAGUUCAGUUACUUCCCUAGCUACAUUGACAAAAAUCUAGAACUUUUCAGAGAGAAGAAGGUGCUGAUGUAUUGCACUGGGGGCAUCCGUUGUGAGCGGGGUUCAGCCUACCUCAAAGCCAAGGGAGUGUGCAAGGAAGUGUUCCAACUCAAGGGUGGCAUCCACAAGUACCUGGAGGAAUUUCCCAAUGGUUUCUACAAAGGGAAGUUGUUUGUUUUUGAUGAGCGUUAUGCCUUAUCCUACAACAGUGAUAUAGUGUCAGAAUGUUCAUACUGUGGAGCCCCAUGGGACCAGUAUAAACUCUGCUCAACUCCCCAGUGCCGCCAGCUCAUCCUGACCUGCCCUGCUUGCCAACGACAAGGAUUCACAGCCUGUUGUGUCACAUGUCAAGACAAAGGGAGAAGGCUGGCUUCAAGUCCCACCCAGAGCAGCUUUAAAGAGGAAUGUGAGUGCACAGCCCGACGGCCACGCAUACCCAGCGAACUGACGCAGCAGGUGCGGCUCCCAACGAGCCCCGAGCCCCAGCCUGAUGUUGGUGAGGAUGGGCCAUGCCUAUGUGAGCAGCAGCAGUUCCCUAGGCCUUCAGAAAGCUAGUUCACAGGGACCACACACUGGAGAAUAUCAAAGCUGCAGCAAUAGAAACUUGAGCGCUGGCAAUGCCAACAUCAUAAACUGGGUACCAUACUGGCCAUCUAAACUCCAGAGGGGCUGGGAAGAGGGAGCUGAGUGCUGACCACUUACCUGAGACAUUUGACUCAGAAGAUGUCAGAGCACAGAAAAAGGUGAGCUGAGUAGGAUGGCAGAGCUGCUGGGGAAGAGAGCCUUGAGCCUAGUGACCAGGUUGUGCCCUCUAUGUGCCAUGUAGCAGACUGGUGGUAGUCAUUUGUCUUGUCAGCAGACCUGUUCAUCCUGGUGGCAAAAGUGUAGCCCUGGAGGGUGACUCCUUAGAAGCAGGCCACUCAGGUCACCUACUAUCCACUCCUACCCUCAUCUCUCUGGCAGCCUGAGAGACUAAGGAUCUGCAGGCUAUGGCAUUUGACUCACCUCUUGCUUUUGUAAAUAAAGUUUUAUUUGAAUAGCCACACUCAUUCAUUUACAAAUGAUCUAUGGCAGAGUUUAGUUACAACAGAGACCUCAUGGCUUGCAAAGCUGAAAAUAUUUGUGAUCUGGCUCCUUUAUAGAAAAAAAAUUGCCAUCCUUUGGUCUAAACCUACAACACACCUGAUGGAACAGGUGGUCUUAAAGAUGUGGCCCCCUUCAUUUGUUAUUGAAUUGGUUUCUGUGAGCGAUCUCUCCUUAAGAGUCUGCUUCCCCCAGUACCCACACUCUUAGCUUUUAAGUAUUCUCUUUGAAGGAUUCAGAUUAGCUUGGGGACACUGAUGUUUUGGCAUUUUUUUAGAUGAAUGCCCCGGAACAUAAGACACACAUUUAGCAUUGCCGUGGUAGUUUCCCAGCCUCUGACCAACAUGUGAGGCAUGUGUCCAUUUCCCACUAGUCACAAGAAACACAAACACAACCAUCCAUAGACCAACAGAUUUAAUACUAUAUUGCCAUUUCCAGUGAUGCAGAAUACAGCUGCAGUUGUGUUUCAAGGAGAAGCCUAGUGGGGAUGGCCAUCCCAACAGCAUGGUGCCACUCCUGGGCCCAUCUGCAGCCUCAGUAGACACUCUUCCAUAGUGGUGAGGCCCUGGCUCCACCUCUGGUUACCCUGUACUGUCCACAUUACAGUUCAGCGUGCGAGACUUUUCCUUUUUCGUCAAAAGCCUCUGCUCAGUGCUCUGCAGCUUCGUCUGUGCUUGUCCACUCUUUGGCCUGUCCUUUAUCAUAAGAUUUGCUGAAUCACUCCUGAAAAUAACUCCCAAGCAACAGAAAUGCUAGUUUAACUGGCACUGUGGUAUAUUAAAAGGCACAAGGGCAUUGUGGCUUAACAUUUUUGCUGGAUCCCAAGAGAUGCACAUGAUGUUAAAAAAGGAUCUGGCAAAAACACCAUUAUUACAUUUUCAGAAUCACCAUCUUGGGAUGGUUUGGCCAGGGUUUCUGAAUUCUUUAAUAUCUGGAUUUUCUUCACUGUUGGCCUUCAGAGGCUUAAUUUACAGGCAUGAGAUCACUGGUGACUUGUCUAAUAAGUGACGUGACACAUGGUUGAAGUCUGUAAGUUUAGCCAUGAUGGACUAGAAAUUUCUCUAGUGUUUUACCUCACAUAAGCCAUUGGACCACUGUGCAGUGUGGAAAGGUGUUUUCAAGUAUUUGGCCAUAGGUUUUCACAUCGUUGCGGUUGGCAUUCAAUAAGGAAAAAAUUCUUUCUGAUUCCAAUAUUAAACUGUAAAUAAAUCCCAGAUGUUCGUAAGAACACUCAGGGAAACAAACGUUUGUUGCCUGGGAUUGGUCAAGAAAGGAUGGUUUUUGAGACUUGAAAUUUCACCAUUGGCUUUUUCAUUUCUUUGUAUCCAGCAAAAGGAAUCUCAUGUUCCUUGGUUCCUGGCAGAGCUCUGUGGCUUCAAUCUCUCUUUCCUGAGGGGCAAAAUUGUAUUUCUGACCCAAUAAUCAAUUUGGCAACUUUAAUCUUGAGGUUCUUCAAAUUCAAAGGAGGGUUAAUAAAGAAUGAUAAUCUGUUUGCUAAAUACCUAAGAUCAAAUUCAAAAUAAAGUAUUUUAUAAUGCUUCUCAA